UUUCAAUGUCAGUCCCUCCUUCUCCCCGCCCAACAACAACAACACGUCUCCCAGUGUUGGAAGUUGCAUUUGAAGGACAUUCAACAACUUACCAAGAUGCGAGGAAACUGCUGAAUGAAAACAACUGAUCCUGCAUCCUGAAAGAUGUUCACGUAUUUAACCAGUGGUUUCUUGUAGCUACGACGUGGCUUUAGCCUUGCUAGCUUCACAGUCUUCAAGGUGGAGUGUACUGGGGGGAGGAAAGGACAGUCUGUGCCUGUUGUACCCGAGGAGCAAAGAUGAAGUUCGCACAGUUUUUGAUGAAAAAUGUCUCCGUAGCUGGAAUACCGAAACAAGUGGAGAGGUUUUCGAAGUUCUCCCCCUCCCCUUUGUCUAUGAAGCAAUUCCUUGACUUUGGCUCGGCCAAUGCAUGUGAGAAGACCUCGUUUGUGUUCCUGCGGCAGGAGCUUCCUGUCAGACUUGCCAACAUCAUGAAGGAAAUUGAUUACCUCCCCGACAAGCUCCUCAGCACUCCAUCCCUAAAGCUGCUCACCAGCUGGUAUUCACAGAGUUUGUUGGAGCUGGUAGAUUUUUUAGAAAACGAUCCAGAUGAUAGAGAUGUCCUGACAAACUUCACACAAACUCUGGUGAACGUCCGUAACCGACACAACAACGUGGUGCCCACAAUGGCUCAGGGCGUGGUGGAGUACAAGGACGCGUUCGGUGUGGACCCCGUCACCAACCAGAACGUCCAGUACUUCCUGGAUCGCUUCUACAUGAGCCGCAUCUCCACUCGCAUGCUCAUGAACCAGCACACACUAAUCUUUGACGGCAGUGUGAACCCAGCCCACCCAAAACACAUCGGCAGCAUUGACCCCAGCUGUGACGUUGUGGAGGUUGUAAAAGAUGCCUAUGAGACUUCCAAAAUGCUGUGUGAGCAGUAUUACCUGACCUCUCCUGAUAUGGAAAUCACAGAAAUCAACGCUAAAAACCCCAACCAGCCACUUCAUAUUGUGUAUGUGCCAUCCCACCUCUACCACAUGCUGUUUGAGCUAUUCAAGAACGCCAUGAGAGCCACCGUAGAAACCCACGAGACGAGCCCAACGCUGCCCCCGAUCAAAGUGCGAGUCUCACUGGGCAGUGAGGACCUCACUAUCAAGAUGUCUGACAGAGGGGGUGGAGUCCCUAUGAGGAAGAUUGAGCGUCUUUUCAGUUACAUGUACUCUACAGCUCCCAGUCCAGUCCAUGAAGAUAACUCGAGAAAUGCACCACUGGCUGGUUUUGGUUAUGGUCUCCCAAUCUCUCGCCUCUAUGCCAAGUACUUCCAGGGAGACCUGCAGCUCUACUCCAUGGAGGGUUACGGCACCUCAGCUGUUAUAUACUUAAAGGCUUUGUCGUCAGAGUCAGUGGAGAGACUUCCUGUUUUCAACAAGUCAGCAUUAAGGCAUUACCAGACGACCAUUGAGGCAGAUGACUGGUGCAUGCCAAGCAAGGAUCCAAAGAAGCUGGGCAAGUAUGAGAGGUGAUGUCAGGCUCGGAGAGAAUGUCAAUGAAUAAAAGAACAAAAGGGUUGAGAAGAUGAAGAAGAAGAUGGUCCAUGCUGGAACACUGUGAGAAGAGAAGGGCACUUAAUGUUUUCAGCUUGAUGCUGGACCUGGACUUGUGUUCCACAGAUUCCUGUAUUAAAAUAAGACUGAUCUGAACCAUUACUGCCAGCCUUCAGGCCAUUUAACCCAGCAAACACUCACCUGUUUAAUAUUUUUUUACUGAGUGGCAAUUUCAAGGUGCUAAUGCUUAUGAAACGAGUAUUGAGCUCUCUUUGCCUCACACAUUACACUCACUCUGAAGCUGUUCAAUCAUCAUAUCAGUGUUUCACUGUGAAUGUAGCUCAGUAUCUAGCUGUUUUAGCUGUCAUUUCUGUUGUUUUCUUUUAAAGGUUUUAUUUUACAAUCUUAAGACUGGUUUUUAUUCUUUAGUUAAUUAUAAUACUGGGUUAGGUUUUGUUUUUGCAUUUGGGCUUAACAAACAGGGCAGCUAAAACCAGCCCACUGCGCUCAUGUCUGCGUUUCAGACCACUGCUUCUGCGUCAUACACAUGACUUCUGCACUUUCAUGAAGUUCCCACAAAACAAAUGAGAAAAUUAGCAAAUGAGGGAAGAAUCUGAGCGGGUUUUUCAGCGUAUAUACAUAUAUAAAUAUUUUUACUUUGAUGACAUCAGCGUCCGAUCAAGUCUGUUUUAAGUCUUCAAACCUCUUUGGUAUGAAAGGUAAACAAAAUAUGAUCCUCUGCAUAUCACUACAUCACUACAUUUAACAUACUGUGUGCCUUAACUUUCAACACACAUUGACUGAAAUCAUUUUGAGAACUUGAUUAUUUUGACGUGUGUUGAGACAUGCUCUGGAGUUCUUCAGAUCAAAAAACGAUGUGCCUCUGGAAGAAGUUGAACAUAGUUUUGCGAUAAAUUUGAAGCAGAUAUGUUGAUGAUUGUAUUUUAAUUGUAACAACUCCUAAACUGACCUCAAGUACACAACAAUAUUCCUCUGUUAAACCUUGUGGGAAGUUAAUUACAGCAAGAACAUUAAAACACUCUUCAUAAAUGUUUUCCAAGAAAGUUUUAAGUGUAUAUUUAUGCAUGUUUGGUAUAUUUUAAGUUGGUAAAGGUGUGAAAUUAUACAGUUAUAAAAGUAAUGGUGUGAAAUGUCAUGCUGGGAAAAAAGGAACACCAGAGCCCGACAAAGCCAUAUGCACUCUUAUUGAUCAAUAUUGACUUCGAUGUGUAUCUAAAUAUUUGAUUUGUUCUAUGUUUGCCUUCAGAACUUGUAUUCAAAAAAGAACUCCCUCAUUUUACAUUUUACACACUUUGUGAACUGUCUCUAACAUGUUGGCAUUUUAAAUGUAUAAACUCCACUCAUAUUUGUCCAGUGUUACUGUAAUAAAGUUGUGGUUUACCACUGAAAAGACAAGAGAAUGUAGAAAAUAAACAUUUCAAGACACUC